GAUGUUUUGGAUAUUUCAAUAUGGACUACAUACGGACUGAAAUGAGCGAACAAACACACUAAAAUGCGUCUAUAUAAUUCGGAACGGGGGGAGUAUAUUUUUACACCUUUAACAGAAAAAUCCAGGACUUCAGAUUUAGCUUCACAUACCCAUAACUAUCGGUGUUAUUAAUCCUUGCAAGUUGCAACUCUGAUGAGUUAUGUUCUGGAGUUUUCACCAUUCAUAGCAGAUGUGCUUGGCAUCAACGAGCACACACCAUUCAUAUUUCAUAGCAGCUGUGCUUGGUAUCAGCGAGCACACGCCACAUAUUUAUUGGCGUUGGGGCAGCUGGAGAAAUCAAUUAGCCUAUCACUCAUCAGAAAGAAAUCAUGUGGAAAGAGAAAGAAUGGGGAGGUAACAACUGGGGAUAAUGAGGAUGGAAAGGAAGGAGAGCCUGGAGUUUAUGUAAUAGAGAAAUGCUACCAGGGACAAAGACAUGAGCGGAUAGCCGGAUAUAGGGGUGAAAGAAAUUGGAAGAAAAAUGUUGGCAGUCUGUAUCAUCUAUUCUUAGAUGAUAUAGCCAGUGAAUUGUACACAUCUCUUUAUUGACAAUCUUCCGGCCACCUUCCACUCUACCCAGCGUAAUGAUGAUUGGUAGUUCGCUGAUGCUGACUGGAGCCGAAAUACAAUUGCAUUUUCCCUUGGCUGGCUUUGCUUUCUCUUGGGCCCUCUGCACUUCUUAUUCAGACGCACCGUUUCUUCAUCGACAGAGUUAUGGUGGCGAUCGCCGUCCAUAUGAAAGGUAAGAUUCCUGCUACACUAUUUUCUCUGCUAUGUUCAUCAUCUUUAUUAUGCCGACGCAUAUCAUACAUACACCAUAAACCUCUUUGUGGAUCCUCUUGUGUUGACACAUCACUUGCACUUCACAUCAGAUCAGGGCCAACUAGUGCAUCCAUUUGCGCAGGUCGCUCUCUGCGAAUUAUCUUGGCCCUGUAGUGGGUUUGGUGAUGCUUACCGGUUGCUCAUGGGCACAGUUGGGCUCUCUUCCCUCCACAUGCCCGUGAUGGAAAAGUAUUACCGGCGCAUGUGGAUCAGAAUAGUAGUUUAAUCUGACAGCUCUUGUCCUGUUUUAACUGAACGUAGACUAAUCUCUCCAUAGGUUUGUUAGUAGUAGUAGUAGGUUAUGGGAGGAGACAGGCCCUGGUAGCCCUCAGUGCCACCGGCUGUUGACUGCUCUCCUGUCUGUACGUUAAUGGCCGUCCCUUUCCCUUCACAUAUAUACAUACGCACAGGAGGCCUGGGAAGGCAAAGCACCAACCUCAGGAGACACAUCCUCCUUGCCUCUUGUGUUCUCUUCUCCAUAGCUUGCAGAUAAGCAAAGCUUGUCCGUUGCGCGGGGAGGGGAGGUGGACAGGUGCGGAUGGAAGGGUUGCAGAGAUCGUCCUCGACUUUCAGACGGUCCGGCUCGUCGGGCCUGGUGUGGGACGAGCGGUUCCUGACCGAGGGCGCCGAGGCGCAGGCCGCCGGCGAGGGCGGCGCCGAUGACGCCCAGCCGGAGAUGCGGCGCUCCCGGAGCACCGGCGGCGUCGGGAUGAUGCUGCGCCGGGGCGGCGACGACAAGAAGCAGCAGCAGCAGAAAAAGAAGGAGCAACAAGGCCAGAAGAAGGACGAGGAGCGCGAUCCCCAGGUGUUCCGGACCAAGGAGGUGGCCCCGGACGUGGACCCGCCGUCGCCGAGGGUGUCCGGCUGCAUCCUCUGCGCCAUCUUCGGGGGCUCCGGCUCCGGCUCCGGCUCCAGCCCCGCGGCGCGCCGAGGCCGCGCCAAGCCGAAGAGGAAGCAACGGCCGGCGGCGUGAAGCUUGAUCGGGCCAUGGUGGGUGCCAUGCGAGCUGUGUUUAUACUGGAGUGAUGAUGAUGGUAUACUACUGAUAUUGGUUGGUUUGUAUUGUACUCCGCUCUGCGUUACCGCGUAGCUAGUAGUCCAUACGUGUCAGGUUAGUUCCUCUUUUUUGGGUCAGUUUCUGGAUUCAGAUCCGUGAGCUGAGCAGCUGCUGUUGAGAUCUGUGGUGUUCUCUCUUGAUCUGGUGCAUGGCCUUUCCCCUCUGGAGCCGCUGGGCGUUGGUUGCUUGAUUGGUUGCAUGUGAGUGUGAGGUGUUGCUACUGUUGCUGCCGUGUUGCAUGUAUGGAGUUGCAACCAUAAACAAUCGAUUGGGCGGCAAAACAUUGGGGCGUGGGGCGUGUGUGUUCAUGCUGCCCAAGCUAUGGUGAAUUUCCUCGUCCUUGCUUUGGAAUCUUUUCUUUUGUAUUA